AUGCAGUCGGGCUCGAUGAAGAUCUCGCCGCUGGAUCUGAUGAUGGCCAUUAUCAAGGGGAAACCGGCCGCCGGAGAUGACGGCGCCGCCGCGGAGUCGGCCCUGGCUGCGAUCGUCGAGAACAAGGAGCUUCUGAUGGUGUUCACCACGUCCAUCGCGGUGCUCGUCGGUUGCGUCCUCGUGCUAAUGUGGCGGAGGUCCUUGUCGCGACAGCAGAAGCCGUGCAAGGGGGAGGAGCCACCGAAGCCUCUGACGGUGAAAGUGGAAGUGGAGGAAGUGGACGACGGUAAGAAAAAGGUCGCCAUAUUUUUCGGCACGCAGACCGGGACGGCUGAGGGUUUUGCCAAGGUAGGAUUCCCUUCUCUCUCCCUAGGAUUCCCCUUCUCGUCCUCUGGAAAGGUUUAGCUUUUUCUGUUUCCUUGACUCGUCGUAUCAAUACCAUCAGGCCCUUGCAGACGAAGCAAAAGCUCGAUACGAGAAAGCCACUUUCAAAGUCAUUGAUCUGGUGAGUGAUUGUUAGUCUUUUUCGAAGCAGGAGAUUUUUGGAACAGGAAAACGGCAGUCGGUCCAUUCCGGCGCUAUCGGGUUAGGUGCUUAUUGUGCGGUUUCUCUUUCCUGUAGGAUGACUACGCUGCUGAUGACGAUGAGUACGAGGUGAAGAUGAAGAAAGAAGGAAUUGCUUUCUUCUUCCUAGCAACGUGAGUCAGAAAAAAUCUGCAGAUUGCAGUGUUUCAUUUCUGUUGGCUAAGUAUGUUCCGGAAUAAAUAGGUACGGAGAUGGUGAACCGACGGACAACGCUGCAAGAUUUUACAAAUGGAUAACAGAGGUAAGGAGUCUCUAAAUCUGUACGGUUUUUCGCUGGUGGCUUACUUGGACGACGCUUCUGAAAAUUUCUUAAAUGGAUUUAGGGUAAAGAGAGGGGAACUUGGCUUCAGAAUCUUCAAUACGCGGUGUUCGGUCUUGGUAACAGGCAGUACGAACAUUUCAAUAAGGUAGCAAAGAUCGUGGAUGAAAUCAUCAGCGACCAAGGUAUAAAAUCUGAUGCUAGCUUCUAUUUGGAUUUUUUUGUUACUUAUGGGGGAUAAAAGUGCAGCUCAUGAAUUUACAUGUUUUCCAGGUGUUCUCAUAGAUUAUUGCCAGAAAUAUUUCGUCGUUUUUUAAGGUCUUAUUACUCAUCUGAAUUCAGUUACUCUUCCUUGUUGAACAGUUAUCUUCGUCGUUUCAUCGCUUCUCUUUUUUUCCCCUUCUUCUAACGGCAAUACAAGAUAUUGGAUUCAGUAGAUUAGAAUUAUUGCUUUAUUAUUUCUAGGAGAACAGUUUCUUAGUCUACUUGUUUACUCAACUUGGUCGUUGGAACUCAUAAUAUUUAUCAUCUUACAGGCUAUAAAAGGUUACCAUGUUUCCUGUUUACUGAUAUUAAUUACGUCCACAACGCAUGUGGGUCACAUAUAUAAUCUGGAUGGUGAUUAGUAUUUUUUUCGCUUGGGUUAUCUACACUGUUUGCGCAAGUAAAGGCAAAUUAUCAAGAUGCUCAUUUGACUUGCUCCACUGAUAGUUUUCUUCUCUUUAUUCCCAUUAAUCUUGAUGAUAACAUCUGUAGGAUUUUUGCCUAAUAUUUAUUUUGAUGUAGCAGGUUAACUUUAUACAUUUUAUUUUUUUUGGUUAUAGGUGGAAAACGACUUGUUCCCGUGGGUCUAGGGGAUGACGACCAAUGUAUUGAAGAUGAUUUCUCAGCAUGGUGUGUAGAUUUUCUUAUUCUUUAAGUCCUUAUUUCUCGAAAAAAAAAGAUUGACACCGUCUUGCUAUGUUAAUCUUUGUUUUUUCUACUUCUUUUCUCUCUGCAUUUUUUUCCCCCCUGUGGUGCUAGUCUUGCUAUGUUAAUCCUACUCUACAGGAAAAACGGACAUUUAUCUGUGACUUUUAUGUGUUUGGAUGCAGGAAGGAGCAAGUAUGGCCAGAGUUGGAUCAACUGCUUCGCGAUGAGGAUGACGAUUCCGGUGCAUCUACUCCUUACACUGCAGCUGUGCCAGAGUAUCGUGUUGUGCUCAUUGACCCUUUGGGUGUACCUCGUUUGGACAAAAACUUGAGCCUUGCAAAUGGUCACGCAGUAUAUGAUAUUCAUCAUCCAUGCAGGUUCAAAGAAACUUACUGCCACUUUUUCGGAUUUCUUGUGCCAGAUUAUUUACAGUCCACAAGCAAACUAACACCUUUCAAUGGCUAUGAAGAUCUAAUGUGGCUGUGCGCCGGGAGCUCCAUACUCCAGCCUCUGAUCGCUCGUGCAUCCAUCUGGAAUUUGAUAUCGCUGCCACAGGGCUCUCGUGAGUUUCAUAUAUUUAUCUUUUACGAAAAUUGGAAGUCGACCAAUAUCUAGUAGCACAAGAUUUUCGCAUCAUUUUCUCUCAUUUGUGUCACAUUGUUGUAGAAAUGGCUAGAGUCAGAUCCUCAGGUGUUCAGCUGUUUGUUUUGAAUGACGCAUCUGUUCGUUUGGAGGAUGAGAAUCCUCCAAUCUUAUUUUCAAAUUAAUAGUUUCAAUAAAUGACGAUGACCCCGCUGGAAUUAUGAAUGGGACUCACUUCUUGCACUUAACAUAAACCACACGACAAUGUCCAACCUUUGAUGGUUUUGAUUUCACCCAACCGCGCAAUUUCUUAUGUGCACAAUUCCAUAUCACAUAAAUCUUCUUGGUCUCGAAGGCCUGAUCUCAGCUUUAUUUUUUCUUCAGGUACGAAACAGGGGACCAUGUUGGUGUCUACACAGAAAACUCUGUCGAUGUAGUGGAGGAGGCAGAGAAGCUACUCGGGUUAUCACCCGAGACCUUAUUCUCCAUUCACGCCGACAAGGAAGAUGGUACUCCACUUAGCGGAGCCUCUCUGCCCCCACCUUUCCCAUCUCCGUGUACGUUGAGAUAUGCACUUUCUCGAUAUGCCGACCUUUUGAAUUCCCCCAAAAAGGUACCGUCAGCGCAUUCCUUCACAUGACCCGCUGCCAUUCCCCUGCCCAUCAACUCCUAGCUAUCGUGUGUUUAUGCAUUUUGCACAUGUUUUUGUAGGCUGCCUUAGUUGCGUUGGCCGCCCAUGCUUCUGAUCCGGUUGAAGCCGCACGUUUACGGUUCCUCGCUUCACCUGCUGGCAAGGUCAGUCUUUUUCUGGUUCUUUAGAGCUUGCUUAGUCUGCACCGCCAGCGUAUCCCUCAUGUCUCUAUUCCCCUUGCAGGAUGAGUACUCGCAGUGGAUAGUUGCAAGCCAGAGAAGCCUUCUCGAGGUCAUGGCAGAGUUUCCUUCUGCCAAGCCUCCUCUCGGGGUGUUCUUCGCAGCGGUCUCCCCGCGCCUGCAACCCAGAUAUUACUCCAUCUCGUCCUCUCCAAGGUGAUUCGCUGGACUAAUGUGAACAGCAGCCUCUUGCAACAGCUUCUGAUUCCGCCCUCUGGAACGCUUCUACUCUGCAGAAUGUCUCCUUCUAGAAUUCACGUCACAUGCGCGCUCGUCCAUGAGAAAAUGCCGACUGGAAGGAUUCACAGAGGGAUUUGCUCAACAUGGAUGAAGGUGCUUCUUUUUUUUUUUCCUUUUUUAAAUAACAUGUGGAUCUACUCAUUUUUUCUACACCGAAAUAUAUACUAACUGUUGUUUUCUACUCUUAGAACUCUGUUCCCUUGGAGGAGAGCCAAGACUGUAGCUGGGCUCCUAUCUUCGUCAGGCAGUCGAACUUCAAGCUACCCUCAGAUUCCUCUGUGCCCAUUGUGAUGAUCGGCCCGGGGACAGGUUUGGCCCCCUUCAGGGGCUUCUUACAGGUACCCACAGGCUCUCCAUGCCGCUGUUCAUGGCCUCCUUCGUUUUACUUUCCCCUGCGGCCAAGUCAGUGAGCCUCUCUGCCUUCUUCUUGUGGGUGUCUCAGGAAAGGUUGGCGCUGAAGGAAUGCGGCGAAAAACUGGGCACUGCCCUGCUCUUCUUUGGAUGCAGGAACCGCAAAAUGGUGAGAGAAUGUCCUCCUUGCUCUCUCUCUUGCGGGUGAUCUUCGAUCCCCCUUGGGGACUGGGAUCUGAUGGAACUCUUGCAGGAUUUCAUUUACGAGGAUGAGUUGAACAAGUACACUGAGUCCGGCGCGCUUUCUGAGCUGAUCUUGGCCUUCUCCCGCGAGGGGCCGGCGAAGGAAUACGUGCAGCACAAGAUGGCCGAGAAGGUCAGACCGUCUUCUCCCCUCUGAUCUGCUAUAUUGCUGGUGGGUCAAACAACGGCCCUGCUCAUCUCACUGAUCUCUGAAUCCCGCCGCUCUUGUCUGUGCCUCCGACAGGCCUCGGAGAUCUGGGACAUCAUCUCCGCCAAUGGCGGCUACAUCUACGUCUGCGGCGACGCCAAGGGCAUGGCCAGGGACGUCCACCGGGUCCUCCACACUAUAGCCCGGGAACAGGUACGUAUCCUGAAAUGGCAAGAAUCGACACCAUGGCCCUUGGCGGCGGCUUGGCUGAGAGUCUUUCUCCCCCUUUGCUUCAGGGCUCUCUGGACAGCUCCAAGGCGGAAAGCUUCGUGAAGAGCCUGCAGAUGGAAGGGAGGUACCUGCGCGACGUCUGGUGA